AUGUCCGACGACGAGAGUGCGCCCAGUUUCCCCGAAGACGUCAGGGUGAAGUUUGUGGAGGAGAAAGUUCGUGUCUUCCUGCGGCUGCAGCGUCACACAUGGCCGAAGACAGCUGCCAACGAAGAGUUUCAAACUCUGCUCGCCGACUUCUUCGAAAAGGAGCCUGUUGUAUUUUUCUCCACGUCGAAAACAGGUGGUCUGGUUGCUUCUAAAGAGACCUCGUCUGAUGGUCAGAACAAGAAGAUCUAUUUCCUGAAGAAGAGAUGUGAGCCUGUCAGCUGUGAGAACUACAGGGAGCUGCUGCUGUUCGGCCUCCUGUCUCCAUCACCACUCCUGCAGCUGUCAACCAUCGUCGAGCAGGUAUGCGUCCCUCUGCUGUCAAACAAAAAUAACCAUCAGAAGUGGCCAAAUGUGAUGUCUGAAGAUAUCAUUCGACACGUGGAGAGCCUGUUCAGUACGACAUCAGUCUUACGAGGACAGGUCUUAGGGAGAACUGUCCUCCCACUCCCAACUGCAACAGACUGGAUGGAAAAUUCAAACAGCACCAUCAAAAUGCUUAACUAUGACCGGGCAGUGGCCCACACGUUAGAGACCCAGGUAAUCACCUGGAGCAAUCUAAUCCAGAAGGUUUUAAAGGAGGAUUCAUCAGAUCUACUUAAGACUGGCAGUAAUCCAGGGCCCAGUGUAGAGCUGCUGUUUUGGGCAUCCAGGGAGAAGAAUAUACAGAAUAUUUAUCAUCAGCUCCAGAGCCCCAUUGUUCAAAAGAUGGCAAAGGUGUUAGAGAUGAUGGACAGCAGCUAUCAAGCAGCAAUCAAGAUUCUAGUUGGAAAUGUCUCCGAUGCACUACAAGAAGCGCAGGACAUUAACAUCUAUCUACAGCCACUACAUUCACAUCUCUGUCAGCUGGAAAAGGAAGGAUUUCCCCAGUUGAAAAAAUCCAUCCCUGCACUGUUUCACACUCUGUUCCUUAUCUGGACCAACUGCCAGUCCUAUCGAAAGCCGAAACGCAUUGUGGUGUUACUGCAGGAACUUUGCAAUCUACUCAUUAAACUGGCGUCCACAUACCUCUCAGCAGAUCUGAUACUCAGAGAGGACCCAUUGGAAAGCCUACAGAUGGUAAAGAGAGUAAUAUUAGUCUUCAGGUGUUUCAGAGACAGUUACCAGAUCCAGAGGGAGAGGUUGGCCAACGAUGUGAAACAUGCACCCUGGGAUUUCCCAUCUGCCAUGAUUUUUGCACGUUUCAAGCAGUUCCUUGAUCGUAUGCUACAGCUGGAGGGCUUUUUUGAAGUCAUGCUGGACAUUCAGAGGAUGGAAAAGCUGGAAUUUGGUGGACCUCAGGCGAAACUCCACACUGAGCAAGUGGCUCAGAUGUAUAAAGACUUCUGUAACCGCUGCCAAAUGUUGAAGCACAGUGAAAACUGCCCACUUGACUUAAACUCUCAGGCUUUUGAAAACGAGUACAAGGAUUUCAAAGAGUGGAUUGUGGACUUUGAAUGCCACCUUGCCAGCCUUCUGAGUUUGGCUUUUAAGGAUUGUUCAGGACUGGAAUCGGCCUCCAAACUGCUCACUGUAAUUGGACCCUUCCUGGAGAGAAGACAAGUGAGACAGAUAUUCAGCCCUAACUUCCUUGUGCUGCAGCAAUAUUUCAGAGAAGAGCUGGAGAAAUGUAAAUGCAUGUUCAAAUCCCAGAUCAAUCAGAUGGAGAGUGGUCUGUCCAAGAACAUGGCUCACACAUCUGAUGCUUUGAAGUGGGCAAGAAUGCUCAGAGAACGAAUUCAAACACCAUGGGAAAAAAUCCGAUCCCUAUUUGAUAUGCCUGCAGGAGGCGUGGAAAUGGUGAAGGAGAACAACAUGUACAAGGAGAUGUUGCGUCUCCUGGACCAUUAUGAAGAGGACGUUUACUCUGACUGGUGUGAUGGUUUGGAACAGACCUGCUUGAUGAACCUCAACCAGCCUCUUCUCUCCAGAAAUGACUCAUCCGGCCUGGUCUCAGUCAACUUCAAUCCAAAGCUGACUGAAGUCUUGAAAGAUGUGAAAUAUAUUCAGAGUCUCAGUAAGAUCCAAAUCCCUGCAGCUGCAACGACUGUUUUCGAUAAGCGUGACGUGUUAACAAAGUAUUUGAGCAGUCUGCAGCUGUUGGUACAAUGGUACAACCAGCUCAAGCAGACGGUGCUAGAGGUCGAACUUCCUCUUAUUCGUGCCGAGCUGGAAUCCGUAGACCUGCAGUUGACAAGAGCAGAGAUUGACCUGACUUGGCAGGAUCUGGACAGCGGGAGCUUCAUCAGCACCACCAAAGACCUGGUCCAAGACCUCGUAUGUCGAGUCAGCAGAGCAAAGGAGAACUGUGAAGCCAUUCAGUCACUGAUGAAAGGAUGGAGUAAACAAGUGCUGUUUCACAGGAGGGACAACAAGAGAGGUUCACUCAUACAGUUGGAGGACAGAGGAGAGCGGGUCAACAGGAAGUACAACGGCUUGAAGAAGGACGGAGAUUCGAUCCACGUGCUGGUGCAGGAGAAUAUGGUUCUUUUCCGCGCUGACCCUGCUUCAGAAGCGUGGCAGUCUUACCUGGAGUACGUGGAUGAAAUGGUGGUGGAGGGGCUCUUCAGCUACAUCAGCCUCUCUCUUCAGUUCUUUGUGGACAACAUGGAGUCGUGGACAAAACUAGCACCUCUGUUCGCGUCUCAGUUGAUGCUGAGUGGCUCAGGAUUGGUCUUCCUCCCCUCACUGGAGCGAGAAGCGGGGGACGGCCUUUAUGAGCUGAUAGAGGGACUGGUCGGAGACAUAUUCAAGACGUCAGUGAAUAUCAAGAGAGUGGCUGCUCACCUGAGCACGGAGACCUACCAGGAUGUAAUGGAUGACAUGCUAGAUCUGUUGGACCUGAGGCAUGAAAUAAUGGAGCGAGUGGAGAACGUCCUGAAGAAAGCCAUGAAUUACCAGGAAAAGUUUGACUGCUACACUCACCUUUGGCAAAAUGACAGGGCUGAGUAUCUCAUUCAGUUUCUCCUGUAUGGACGUGCACUCACAGCUGAGGAGCUGGAGGCUCACAGAGCAGAGGUUCUCCCUGAGAGUCCGCCUACGAUUGAUAACUUCAAAGAGCAGAUUGACUAUUUUGAGGAUCUCUAUACUGAAAUUUCCAAGCUGGAAGAUUUCAGUGUUUUCAACGGAUGGUUUAGAGUGGACAUCAAGUUUUUCAAAGUCAGCCUCCUUAACGUUGUGAUGAAGUGGAGCUGGCUUUUCAAAGAGCACCUUCUGACUUAUGUGACAAACAGUCUUGAUGAGCUGCAGAUGUUUGUCCGAGCCACCGUGGAAGGGCUGAACCAUCCUGUAGCUAAAGGAGACCAGCACAACUUGACCGAACUUAUGAGUCACCUGCUGGCAGUGAGAGACAGACAAACAGCCACUGACAAGAUGUUUGAGCCUCUUAGAGACACGAUAAUCCUCCUGGAACGAUACGGAGUGACCGUAACAGACCAGAUCUACACUCAGAUGGAGGAACUCCCUGAGAAAUGGUGUGCAGCUAAAAAGCUAGCCUUAAUAGUGAGACAUGAAGUGGCUCCGAUGCAGAAUACAGAGGUGAUGGUGUUACGGAGACGGUGCAUGGCGUUUGAGGUGAAACAAACCAAAUUCCGGGAGAUGUUCAGAGCAACUGCGCCCUUCACUUACAAUGCACUGCAUCCCUACGUCAGCCUGGAGAAAUCGGAAAAAGCCAUUCAAAGCAUGGAGAAAGAAGUAGCUGAACUUCAGGAGUCCACAAAUCUGUUUGAUGUGACCAUUCCUGAGUACAGAGACAUCAAGCUCUGCAGAAAAGAGACCACCAUCCUCAAAGAACUGUGGGACAUUGUUGUAUUUGUGCAGAGCAGUGUGAAAAGCUGGACAAUGACCAAAUGGAGGCAGAUAAACGUGGACCAGAUGGAUGCAGAGUUGGGGAGGUUUGCCAAGGACAUGCGGAAGCUUGACAAGGAGGCCCGUGUGUGGGAUGUGUAUUCUGGGUUGGACCUUUAUGUAAAGAACCUGUUGACGUCACUGCGGGCUGUUAGUCAUCUUCAGAACCUGGCAAUACGAGAGCGUCACUGGGCGCAACUUGUUCGAACCACACAGAUGGAUAUCACUGUUACUGACAGUACCACCUUGGACGACCUCCUGGCCCUGAAGCUCCAUUUGUUCGAAGACGAAGUUCGCAACAUAGUGGAUAAGGCGGUCAAAGAAAUGACCAUAGAGAAGGUUGUAACAGAAAUCAGAGAAACGUGGGCAUCAAUGGAGCUUUCAUAUGAAGAUCAUUACCAGACCUCUGUGCUACUUCUUAAAUGUGAUGAGGAUCUUAUUGAAGCUCUUGAGGAUCAUCAGGUUCAGCUCCAGGGCGUCUCUCAGAGCAAACACAUAGAUCACUUCCUGAUCCAGGUGCUGGAACUACAGAAGCAGCUUACUGUGGCUGACUCUGUGCUGUUGGUCUGGAUGGAGGUGCAAAGGACAUGGGCCUACCUGGAAAGCAUCUUUAAAGGCUGUGAUGACAUCUGCCAACAGCUGCCUGCAGACGCACACAGGUUCCAAGCUAUAGAUGAAGAAUUCAAGGAACUAAUGUUGGACAGUGCCAAGACCAAAAAUGUCAUAGAGGCCACCAACAAACCUCAUCUCUAUGAGAAGUUAGAAGAUCUCCAAAAAAGGCUGGCUCUGUGUGAAAAGGCUCUUGCUGAAUACCUAGAGACAAAGAGACUUGCGUUUCCACGAUUCUACUUCAUUUCUUCUACAGAUUUGUUGGACAUCCUUUCUAAAGGGAGUCGCCCUAAACAGGUAACUGUCCACCUCUCAAAACUGUUUGACAACUUGUCAGAUCUGGAGUUUGCAGAAAAUGAACCGGUGGACAAUCCUAAACUUGCGGUGGGCAUGUACAGCAAAGAGAGGGAACAUGUCCCAUUCCAGACUGAAUGCUGCUGUUAUGGCCCAGUGGAGGCAUGGUUGGCUGCUCUUGAAGAGACUAUGAAGGAGUGCGUCAGGGGUCACCUAUCUGAGGCUGUGGCCACGUACGAGGACAAGCCCAGAGAGCAGUGGAUUCUUGACCUCCCCGCCCAAGUGGCUCUGACUGGAUCUCAGAUCUGGUGGAGCAACGAUAUGGAGCUUGUGUUUAAAAGACUGGAGGAAGGUUACGAAUCUGCACUUAAAGACUACAACAAGAAGCAGAUUUCUCAACUGAACUCACUGAUCAGCAUGCUACUGGGAGAGCUGAGCCCGGGCAACAGACAGAAGAUCAUGACUAUAUGCACCAUUGACGUCCAUGCUAGAGAUGUUGUUACAAGCCUCAUCACGCAAAAGAUCACCACCUCACAAGCCUUCCAGUGGCUUUCCCAGCUCCGACAUUGCUGGAAUGAGCAGCAGCGCCACUGCUAUGUUAACAUCUGUGAUGCUCAGUUCCUUUACUCUUAUGAGUACCUCGGAAACACUCCACGUUUAGUCAUCACUCCCCUCACAGACCGCUGCUACAUAACAUUGACUCAGUCACUCCACCUGACUAUGAGUGGAGCCCCAGCAGGUCCUGCUGGAACCGGGAAGACUGAGACCACUAAGGAUCUCGGCAGAGCCUUGGGCAUCAUGGUGUACAUCUUCAACUGUUCUGAGCAGAUGGACUACAAGUCAAUCGGAAAUAUCUACAAGGGUCUGGCUCAGACUGGAGCAUGGGGCUGCUUUGAUGAGUUCAAUCGUAUCGCUGUGGAUGUUCUGUCAGUUGUAGCAGUGCAAGUCAAAACAAUACAGGACGCCAUUCGCUCAAAAAAGAAAAGGUUCCUUUUCCUUGAUACGGAAAUUGACUUAAAGCCCUCUGUGGGGAUUUUUAUCACGAUGAACCCUGGGUAUGCAGGAAGGACAGAGCUGCCUGAGAACCUCAAGGCUCUUUUCAGACCCUGUGCCAUGGUGGUGCCCGACACUGAGCUUAUUUGUGAGAUAAUGUUGGUGGCAGAGGGCUUCCGAGGUGCUAAGCUUCUAGCCAGGAAGUUUAUCAGUCUGUAUACUCUCUGCAAAGAACUGCUCUCCAAGCAGGACCACUAUGAUUGGGGUUUGCGCGCUGUCAAGUCUGUUCUGCUGGUGGCAGGGACACUGAGAAGAAGAGACAAGACAAGACCAGAGGAUCAGGUGCUGAUGCGUGCUCUGAGGGACUUCAACAUGCCUAAAAUUGUGACUGAGGAUGUGACCAUCUUCUUGGGACUGCUGGGAGACCUGUUCCCCGGCCUAGAGGUGGAGAGAGAGAGGAGCUGUGAAUUUGAAAAGGCAAUCCGGAAGACCACACUGGAGCUCCGCCUUCAGCCCGAGGAACCAUUCAUCCUUAAGGUGGUGCAGUUGGAGGAACUCAUGUCCGUGCGUCAUUCUGUCUUCGUUGUUGGAAAUGCAGGGACUGGGAAAAGCCAGAUAUUGAGAGUUCUCCAUAAAACGUAUGUAAACUUGAAGAGGAGGCCUGUUUGGAAUGACCUCAAUCCAAAGGCAGUAGACAGAGAUGAAUUGUUUGGCUUCAUCCAUCCUGCAACCCGAGAGUGGAAAGAUGGUCUGCUUUCAUCACUGAUGCGAGAGCAGGCCAACAUCUCCCACCGAGGACCUAAGUGGAUUGUGUUGGAUGGAGACAUUGAUCCGAUGUGGAUUGAAUCACUCAACACAGUGAUGGAUGACAACAAGGUCCUGACUCUGGCCAGUAAUGAACGUGUGCCUCUAACCACUUCAAUGCGACUGGUGUUUGAAAUCAGUCAUCUUAGAACAGCCACCCCUGCCACUGUGUCCAGAGCAGGAAUCCUUUAUGUGAACCAGCAGGACCUGGGCUGGAAUCCGUAUGUCGCCAGCUGGAUUGACCAAAGAGAACGGCAGACAGAAAGAGCCCACCUCACCAUUCUCUUUGAGAAAUAUGUACCUCGUUGUCUAGACAAAAUGAGAAACACAUUUAAGACCAUCACUCCCAUCCCAGAGAAUUCUAUGGUGCAGACACUCUGCGCUUUGCUUGACUGCCUUCUAAAACCAGGGAAUAUUCCAUCGGACUCUCCACGUGAGCUCUAUGAGACCUACUUCACCUUUGCCUGUAUCUGGGCUUUUGGUGGGGCCAUGUAUCAAGAUCAGCUCUGUGAUUAUCGGGUCGAGUUCAGUCAGUGGUGGACCAAAGAAAUGAAGACGGUGAAGCUGCCGGCACAAGGGACGGUGUUUGACUACCACCUUGACCCUCAGACCAGACGCUUCCUACCCUGGAGCGAUACUGUGCCGCCGUUUGAAAUGGAAACUUGUACGCCAUUACAGGCUGUUCUGGUACACACAGCAGAGACUGUGCGUCUCCGCUACUUCAUGGACUUGUUGCUGGAGAGGAGACAGCCGCUGAUGCUCGUGGGGAAUGCAGGAGUGGGGAAGACUGCAGUUGUCAGGAACAAGUUAGACUGUCUGCCCGAGAAUUACAUGACCACAAACGUACCUUUCAACUACUAUACAACCUCCCUCAUGCUGCAGGGGAUCUUGGAGCAACCGUUAGAGAAAAGAGCAGGUAGAAGUUACUCCCCUGUAGGCAACCGAAGGCUGAUAUACUUUAUAGAUGACAUGAACAUGCCAGCCAUUGACGGUUAUGGCACAGUGCAGCCUCAUACACUUAUAAGACAACAUCUGGAUUAUGGGCACUGGUAUGACAGACAAAAACUGACCCUUAAAGAAAUACACAACACCCAGUAUGUUGCCUGUAUGAAUCCAACUGCUGGGAGCUUCAAAAUAAACCCCAGACUACAGAGACAUUUCUCAGUGUUUGCAGUGAACUUUCCUUCAGCUGAAACUCAGACGUCCAUCUUCAGUCAGAUCAUCUGCAGCCACCUGAACCAGCAGCUUUUCAGUCCAAUUGUUCAGAAAAGUGCCCCAACUGUGGUCCAAGCUGCCAUAACUCUUCAUCACAGGAUGGUUCACAGCUUUCUGCCCACAGCAAUCAAAUUUCACUACACAUUUAAUCUACGAGAGUUGUCCAAUGUCUUUCAGGGAAUUCUCUUCGCUGGACCUGAAUGUGUGAGAGACAGCAAUGAUCUGGCUCGGCUGUGGCUUCACGAGUCCUGCAGAGUUUACUCCGACAGACUCGUAGAUGACAAGGACCUGCAGCUCUUCAGGAAGCUCCAGAUGGAGACUCUGCAUGAAUGCUUUGAGGGACUGGAGGACAAAACGGUGACAAAGGAGCCUCUCCUGUAUUACCACUUCUCCCAGAUGAGUGAGGGAGCCUCAUAUGCUCCUGUUGCAGACUGGUCUGUGCUCAGGACCAUCCUCACUGAUGCACUGGAGAACUACAAUGAGCUUAAUGCAGCAAUGAAUCUGGUGCUGUUUGAAGAUGCAAUGCAGCAUGUCUGUCGCAUCAGUCGAAUCCUGGAGUCUCCGAGGGGUCACGGCUUACUGGUCGGGGUCGGGGGCAGUGGGAAGCAAAGCUUGACUCGUCUGGCUGCCUACAUAUCCUCUGUGGACGUCUUCCAAAUCACUCUCAGUAAAGGUUAUGGCAUCCAGCACCUCAAGACGGAUCUGGCCGGUUUGUUCCUGAAGACCGGAGUGAAGAACCAGCGUGUGGUUCUGCUCCUGACUGAUGCACAGAUACCUGAUGAGCGGUUCCUGGUCAUAAUUAAUGACUUACUGGCCUCAGGUCAGAGACAAACUCCACCACAGAUAUGGACCACUGAUUUCUACAACUUAUUAGUUUUGUUUAUUAAUAAAUUUUUCCUUUCAGGAGAAAUCCCUGAGCUCUUCAGCGAGGAUGAAAUUGAAAGUAUUGUGUCGGGUGUGAGAGCUGAGGUCCGAUCCCUCGGACUGCUGGACAACAGAGACAACUGCUGGAGGUUCUUUACUGAUCGGGUCCGAUUACAGCUCAAGGUGGUAUUGUGUUUGUCUCCUGUCGGCAAUGUCCUUCGUGUUAGAACCCGUCGGUUCCCGGCCCUCGUCCAAUGCACCACCAUCGACUGGUUCCACCCCUGGACCACUGAUGCUCUGCAGUCGGUCAGCCACAGGUUCAUCCAAGAGAUUGGAGGCAUUGAGCCUGCCGUCCAGGAAUCCAUCAGUCUUUUCAUGGCCUACGUUCACACUAGUGUCAACCAGGCAAGUGAAAAAUACCAGCGCAAUGAGAAGAGGUACAAUUACACCACCCCCAAGAGUUUUCUCCAGCAAAUCACCCUGUACAGAAACCUUCUGGAAAAGAGCCGUGCUCAGCUCCAGCACAAGAUGAACCGGCUUGACAGCGGCCUUCAAAAACUCCAAACCACUGCUGCUCAGGUUGAGGAUCUUCAAGCAAAACUGGCGUCGCAAGAAGCCGAAUUGACCUUAAAGAACCAGAACAUUGAAGCUCUCCUGGCAAAGAUCGGACUGCAGACUGAGAGGGUUAGAAACAAGAGAGAGGCUGCAGAUGUUGAGGCACAGAAGGUUUCUGUAAUCCAGGCAGAAGUAUCAGUCAAACAGAAGGACUGUGAAAACGAUCUUGCCAAAGCAGAGCCAUCGCUGACGGCAGCCACAACAGCACUCGACACCCUCAACAAGAUGAAUCUCACCGAGCUGAAGGCCUUUCCAAACCCUUCAGUGGCAGUGAUCAAUGUGGCAGCAGCUGUGAUGGUUCUGCUGGCCCCCCGCGGUCGAGUGCCUAAGGAUCGGAGCUGGAAGGCGGCGCGGGCCUUCAUGGGCAAGGUGGAUGAUUUCCUGCAGGUCCUGGUGUCAUAUGACAAGGAGCACAUCCCUGAGUCCUGUUUGACUGUGGUGAAAAAAGAGUACCUGAGAAAACCUGAAUUUAACCCUGAUCUAGUUCGGACCAAAUCUACAGCUGCAGCUGGUCUCUGUGCCUGGACUAUUAACAUUGUCAAAUACUAUGAGAUUUAUUGUGAGGUAAUUCCAAAGAGACAUGCAUUAUCACAAGCUAAUGCAGAGCUAGAGACAGCAACAGCCAAACUGUUUUCAGUUCAAAAGAAACUAGCAGAUCUUGAUGCCAACGUUCAGAGCCUAACAGCUCAGUUUGAAAGGGCAACAGCUGAGAAAAUCAGUUGUCAGGAGGAGGUGGCGCACACCAACCAGACCAUAGAGCUCGCCAAUCGACUGGUCAAGGGCUUAGAGUCAGAGAAGGAGCGAUGGUCCCAAGCAAUUGUUCAGUAUGAAAAGCAGCAGAAAACCCUAUGUGGUGACGUCCUACUCACUUCAGCAUUCGUGUCUUACAUGGGAUAUUUCACCAAGCAGUAUCGUGUGGAGCUUCUGAACAAUUCAUGGAUCCCCUUCCUUCAGUCUCAAAAGGUCUCCGUACCCCUGACAGACGGCCUGGAUCCCAUCCUCAUGCUUACAGAUGAUGCCACCGUGGCUGCCUGGCAUAACCAGGGCCUGCCAAAUGAUCGGAUGUCCACCGAGAACGCUGCCAUCCUGACCACCAGUGAGCGUUGGCCACUCAUCAUUGACCCACAGCAGCAGGGCAUCAAGUGGAUCAGAAAGCGGCUAGGGUCAGAGCUGAAGGUGGUGCAGCUGGGACAGAAGGGAUAUCUAGAUGUGAUAGAACGAGCACUGGUUUGUGGUGAAACAGUUCUGAUAGAGAAUCUGCCAGAAAAGAUAGAUCCCCUCCUGGAGCCGCUGCUGGGCAGAAAUACAAUCAACAGAGGAAGGUACAUUCAAAUUGGGGGAAAGUUGUGUGAAUACAACAGUUACUUCCAGCUCAUACUGCACACCAAGUUGGCCAAUCCCCAUUUUGCACCUGAGCUCCAGGCCCAGACCACGCUCAUUAACUUCACAGUGACCCCUGUGGGGCUGGAGGAACAGCUGCUGGGACAGGUGGUGUCCCGGGAAAGGCCCGACCUGGAGGCCCUAAAGAUGGAGCUGACCACACAACAGAACCACUUCAAGAUUGAGCUGAAGAGGUUGGAGGACGACCUGUUGAGUCGCCUCUCUGCGGCCUCCGGUAAUUUCCUUGGUGAUAUUUCUCUCGUGGAGCAACUUGAGAACACCAAGACCACAGCUGCUCACAUUCAGUACAAGGUGGUGGAGGCCAGAGAGAACGAGACAAAGAUCAACGAGGCUCGAGAACUAUACCGCCCCGCAGCUGAGAGAGCGUCAGUCCUCUUCUUCAUCAUCAGUGACCUCAGCAAGAUUAACCCCAUGUACCAGUAUUCUCUCAAGACCUUUAACUCAGUGUUUAACAAAGCGAUGGAGCGUGCAGAAUGGGACGAGGAUGUGAGGACCAGAGUGCACACCCUCGCAGAGGCCAUCACCUAUUAUGUAUUCCUGUACACCUGCCAGGGCCUGUUUGAGAGAGACAAGUUAACCUUCUUGUCACACACCGCCUUCCAGAUUCUAUUAAAACAAGACCUGAUUGACGCUGAGGAAUUUGACUUCCUGCUCCGUUUUCCUGUGGAAACGAGCAAACAUAGUCCUGUGUCCUUCCUCUCUCCAUAUAGCUGGGGAGCCAUUAAGGCAAUAUCGAGAAUGGAGAACUUCAGUGGACUGGACAGAGACAUGGAGAGUUCCCCGAAGCGCUGGAGGAAGGUUGUUGAAUCCAGUUGUCCUGAAAAGGACAGACUUCCCCAGGACUGGAAGAACAAGAGCUCCCUGCAGAAGCUCAUUAUCCUGCGAGCGCUUCGCCCCGACAGGAUGACCUAUUCACUGAGGAACUUUGUGGAGGAGAACCUGGGAACAAAGUACGUGGAUGCUGCCAGGCUGGAAUUUGAAAAGUUGUUUGAGGAAAGUGGCCCUUCCACCCCCGUGUUCUUCAUCCUCUCACCUGGAGUGGAUCCACUCAACGAUGUAGAAAAACUAGGUUUGAAGCUUGGGUUUUCCAUCGACCAGGGCACUUUGCACAAUGUGUCUCUGGGACAGGGGCAGGAAGAGGUGGCCGAGAGGGCUCUGAGGAAUGCUUCUGAACUGGGCCACUGGGUCAUUCUGCAGAACGUCCACCUCGUGGCUUGCUGGCUGCCCUCUCUAGAUUCUCUUCUGGAGACAGCAGCAGUCGACAGUCACCCCAACUACAGAGUUUUCAUCACCGGGGAACCAGCAUCAAGUCCAGAGAAGCAUGUGAUCCCCAGAGGAAUACUGGAGGAUGCCAUCAAAAUCACAAAUGAGCCACCCACCGGCAUGAAUGCCAGUCUGCACGCAGCCCUCAACAACUUCAGUCAAGACACUUUGGAUCUGUGUUCCAGGGAACAGGAGUUCAACUCGAUGUUUUUCUCUCUCUGCUUUUUUCACGCUUGUGUCACAGAGCGCCGUAAAUUUGGUUCCCAAGGGUGGAACCAUAACUACCCCAUCAGCACCGGAGACCUCACCAUCUCAGCAAACAUCUUGUACAACUACUUAGAAGCCAACAGCAAAGUGCCGUGGGAGGACUUGUGUUUCCUGUUUGGAGAGAUCAUGUAUGGAGGACACAUCACCGACGACUGGGACAGAAGACUGUAUAAAACCUACCUGCAAGAAUUCAUGCAUCCGAAAAUGUUUGAAGGGGAGCUCUUUCUGUGCCCUGGGUUCCUAGCCCCUCCGUUCAUGGACUACACUGGUUACCACAGUUACAUUGACGAGCAUCUCCCCUCUGAGAAUCCCACUCUGUACGGUCUCCAUCCAAACGCUGAGCUGGACUGCCUGACUGUCACCUCAGACAACCUCCUCAGGACUUUGCUGGAACUGCAGCCGCAGGACUCCUCCAGAGGAGAGGGGGCAGCUCAGAGCUCAGACGAGAGGGUCAAGUCUGUCAUCGAAGACCUUCUGGAGAGGCUUCCAGAUGAGUACAACAUGGCAGAGAUGCUCACAAAGGCGACAGAGCGAAGCCCCUACGUUUUAGUGUGUCUCCAGGAGUGUGAGAGAAUGAAUCUCCUGCUCGCAGAAAUAAGGAAGUCCCUCACUGAGCUGGAUCUUGGUCUGAAGGGAGACCUCACCAUCUCUUCCAGUAUGGAGACUCUGCAGUCGUCCCUGUUCUGUGAUUCGGUCCCAGACUCUUGGGCACGACUGGCUUAUCCCUCCACUAAGACACUUGCCCAAUGGUUUGGGGAUUUGAUGAUCAGCUGUCGUGAGCUGGACACCUGGACUCAGGACUUUGUUUUCCCUGCAGUAGUUUGGCUCCCAGGUCUCUUCAACCCUCAGUCCUUUCUCACAGCUGUGCUGCAGAGUAUCGCACGGAAGAACCAGUGGCCUCUGGAUAAUAUGACUCUGACUGUGGAUGUGACAAAAAAGACCAAAGACGACUUUGGACAUCCGCCGCGGGAGGGAGCCUACAUCCACGGACUCUUCAUGGAAGGAGCACGCUGGGACACUCAGGCCGGCAUCCUCUCCGAGGCGGUUUUGAGGGAUCUGAGUCCGGCCAUGCCAGUGCUGUACGUUAGAGCUGUGCCCGCGGAGGAGCAGGAACUGGAAGGUACUUACGAGUGUCCGGUGUACCGCACUAAGCAGCGCGGGUCCACGUUCGUUUGGACGCUCCACCUCCGAACCAAACAGCCUCCUGCUAAAUGGAUUGUUGCCGGCGUGGCUCUGCUGCUUUCUGUGUGAGACGUGUGAGUGAGUAUUAUACAUACACUGUAUAUAAAAAAACUGGACAUAGACUCUGGGUAUAGAAAACUAAGCUGAUGCAGAAUUGCCCGAAACCUAUAUUCACCUGAAUGACCAGCAGAGGGCGACUCCGCUGGUUGUAAAAGGAGUCAGUUUCUAUCGAAAUCUGCAAAAAUGUGUUAUUAUACAAACAGUUAUUUUUACACAGAAGUGAAUAAUGUAUUAGAAAAACGUUCCUCUUAAUCAUGUUUUAUUAUAAUUACUAAAAUAAAAAACUAGCUUAACAUUAUUAAUCUUGGUUUAAAUGUAACAACGUUUUUUUGUAGUGUAUGUUUAUGUUUUAGAUUUAAAGAUAAAGUAAAGAGAUCUGUGUUGAACCUGUGCUGAACCUGUGGUGUCUGUUGUGCGACACUGUUGAACCUCUCCCUUGAGAUGGUUCAGUCUCAGCAUGAUUUGUUGGGAGCUUAUGUCUCCAUUUUAGACCAUGUAAUUCGGGAUGGGAGCAUAUUUUAUUGGAAGGUCAAGAUUAAAAAAGCUCCCUGGCUGCCCUCUGCUAACUGAAUGAUACACAAUGCAGUCUGGAGGGUUCCCGGACAGAAUUCCCAGGAGAUGAUGUGCAUGGUCGCUAUUGACUUUUAAAUGAGGUGCAUUUGACAUUGACCUUUUGUACGGCGGCGGCAGAAUACUAACAGACUAGUGUAAUUCAUUCAGCCGGGGCCUGUUGGAGAAAACCUAUUCAAAGACUCUGAUUGCGUUGUAUGAGAAAGCAACACAUUAGAUUACCCAUCCUUUAUCUGUCUGCGCUCUCUGUUAGCAUCUGAUGAACUUAAUAAGAACCAAAUAAAACC